GCUCGCAGUCUGAGUUAAUAAUAGCGAGCGUUAGCUGUGGCUGUUAGCCUCUGUGAUCAGCUGCUUCCCUUUAUAUCCAUUCCCUUAGACUGUCUUAGAUUAGCGCCUCCACCAGCCUGCAUUUAGGUUCCUCCGCAGCCCUUGGAGAGAAGAUAAAAACUGCAAAUGGAAGGUUUUUAAACCAAGACACCCUCCACCGUGUGUGUGUGGGGGUGGGUGUUCAUUUAUUGGGGAACACACUCUUGUAACGACUGAUUUAUAAGGGUAGAUCGAGGGUAAAUUUCAACUUCCCAGCAUACUGCUACCUGGGUUCGGAGAUGGUGCUUGAUCCAGGAGCGCAGACCUUGGCCGGGCCUCAGGAGAGCAAGAGGGCGGGCCCGUCCAAAGUACUCAAGAAAGUGGCCGAGAGAAAGAGCGGUGAGAAGAAUGGGAUUCGGUCGCACAGCAGCCUCGCUCCCAUGCACCCAGAGGUGCCAUUAAGAGCUGUAUCACAGGCACCGGGGCCAGUCACUUGCAGCUUGAAGGUCAGCAGGUCGCUAGGAGCUGGCUCAAGCCUGGUCAGUAAUGGACACUGCAGCUGGAUGAGGCGGAGCGAAAGUUCAUACAGCGUGAACAGCACUGGCUCGGAUUGCUCCCGGGCCCGGAUGAGGAACGCCACCUCUCUCCCUCACAUAGCCAGGUACAAUGCACGAGAACCACCGCCUGUUAAAAGCCCGUGCCUCUUGGUUGCACUAAGACCAAUAAAUGUCGACAAAGAGAAAGAGAUAUUCUUCCAGUCCAAGUAUGCCUACAAUCCUCAGUUUGAGUAUUCAGAGCCCCUCAGCAGCAGCAUAAUGAGCAAGUACAGCGUAGCCUCUGACCGCUUCAUCGAACAGGCUGUACGGAUUAUGAAGAGUGUGGUGCAGAUGUAUGGCAGCUAUGAGAACUUUGAGGUGGCCACAGGGGGCGCUAUGCUGUCAAAGAGCAAAAUAUGGACCUGUAUCAGAAGUUACAUGCGGAAGGAGGGGUGCUCUGGAGAGGUGGUGGUGCGGCUCAGUGAAGAUCUGUUGUCUCAAGCAGUGAUGAUGGUGGAGAACUGUCGGCCCACGCUGACCAUUAAUCUCGCAGGGGCUCGCCAAUACUGGCUGGAGGGGAUGUUACGCCAUGAGAUAGGCACGCACUACAUUCGCGGCGUUAACAACAGCCACCAGCCCUGGCACAGUGCAGCGGGCAGGAAACAGUAUGGCCUGAAACCAGCCAACCCGACCGAGGAAGGCCUUGCCAGCCUGAACAGUGUUCUGUACCGCAAGUACCCUUUCCUGUGGCGGGCAGCCCUGCUCUACUACACCGUCUUCCAGGCCAGUCGGAUGCCCUUCUGCCAGCUCUUUGAAGAUAUCGCCAAGUUCGUCGAGGACCCAAACACUCGAUGGGAGUAUUGCGUGAGGGCCAAGAGAGGCCAAGCAGAUACUUCACAGCCAGGCUGUUUCAGUAAGGACCAGGUGUAUUUGGAUGGCGUGCUGCUGCUGCUUCGAUACAGGAAGAGCAUUGACUUCAAGAUGCUGGCGGCACUGGGGAAGGUGUCAUUCGAAGAUGUAGAGCAUUUGAAGAAAUGUGCCAUUCUGCAAAACACACGCAUCCCACACUUCAUGAGAGAUCAGGCCCGCUACCUGGAGCAGUUGCACCACAUCACUGCGGUUAAUGGACUGACAGACGAGGAGCUGCUGAGGCUUAUCCCCAAGUAGAUUGUGCCAGAGAUGGAGGGGUCUGGGAUAGCUGCUUCAUUGCAGUGAAACACACACACAUGAACACAAAAGGCACAGUGGCCUUAAAUUUUUCUGGCGAUGCAUUUGAGCAUCGAUGGACAUUUGUAUGAAAAAUUGGGAAUUGUUUCUAUGGAAGCUAAGGCCUGGCGCUGCAGCUUCGCUGUCUGACCUCUGUCCUGUGUGCCAUGUAUUUCCUAUUUAAACUUGUAUUUAUUGUUUGCAAAGGUGCUGCUUUUUAAAAAAAUAUUUUAACUUGUUGGAAAAGGGAGGCAUCAGGGGAAGAGUGAAACAAAAAAUGUAAACAUUUCUGUCAGCGUUGUCCAUGUGCAUUAUAUCUGUGAUUGUGACAGAGCUUUGCUCGGACUGAGUAAAGGCAUGAUGUUGGUAGAGUCAUAACAGAUGGUAAGAGGCCAUUUGGCCCAUCAAGUCCAUGCUGGCAUUCUGUAGAGCAAGUUUGUCUUCUGCCAGAGCCAUUGUGUCUUUAAGUCAGUUCUGUACCUGUAGUUUUGAAAACACUUCAGGUGCAAAUGAAAUUUAAAAAUAGGAACAGAAAAAGCUGGAGAUCACUUAGGUAAUGACGUGAACAGUGAGGUGGAUUGUAGGAGACAGACAGACUGGUGAAAUGAGCAGACGUAUGACAGGUGUAAUUUGACGCAGAGAAGUAUGAAGUGGUAAAUUCUAGUCAGAAGAAUAAGAAGGGACAAUUUUAACUAAAUAACACACUUUUAAAGGACAGAGAGAACUGGGGAUGUGUUUACAUAAAUCUUUGAAGAUUGUAGGACAAGUUGAGAAGGCUAUUAAAAAGCAUGCUGGAUCCUUGCCUUUUUAAAUAGGGGAAUAGAGUACAAAAGCAAGGAAGUUAUGCUAAUCUUUGUAUAAAAUACCAGUGUUCAAAUCUGGGCAGCACACUUUUGGAAGGAUAUCAUGCACUUAAAAAAGGAUGCAGAAGAGAUUUGCAAGAAUGGUACUAGGGAUGAUGGAUUCAGCUAUGUUCUCCAUAAAGCAAAGAAGCUUAAGAGGAGGCCUGGUAGAGGUGUUCAAAAUCACAAAGCAUUUUGAUUGGGUAAAUAAGGAGAAACUGCAUUUCCAGUGGCAGAAUGGUCAAUUAACCAGAGGCAGCAUGAAGAAAUGUUGAGUUGUUGUGAUCUGGAACACACUACUUGAAAAGAUGAUGGAAGCAGGUUCAAUGGUAUCAUUCAAAUGAUAAUUGUAUAGAUACUUGAAGGGGCAAAAAUUGUACAGCGCUAUGGGAAAAGAGCAGGGGAGUGAUGUUUAUUGGGCAGUUCUACUAAAGUGCCAGCAUAGGGAUGAGGGGAUGAAUGGCCUCCUUCCGUGUCACAUCAUUCUAUGAAUGUGAUGUUUUGAAAGUCCAAAACUGGGGCAGGGCCAGACUAGGAUCAUAGUCAGAGUUUUACUGAUUGUUGAUGGAAUCGAACUGAAGAUCAUUAGCAGCGUUAUAAUGAAGGCCUCCAUAUCUUAACAUAAAGAAGUAACUGGGGAUAAAAAUGGUUGUUUUAAAAUUAAGGCUUCUGUUGCGCAGUUUCAAUUAAACAUUUCUGGGUGUACGGCUUAAGAAUGCUGAGUCCAGAACUGGAUGGGUGACAACUGCAAAGGUCACUGAUGCUGACAAGCAUUGUAAUGAAGCCAUCUGAGCCUCCCUCUUUACUGAUAUGAUCAUAGUAGAGGUUUCAGGAUUGGGCGUGAAUGUACCUUUUGGGACAUGCAUGCAUAGAUCCCCGCAUUUGGUCUAUACCCCCUGGUUUAUACCAUUCAAAACCAGGGACAGUGUUUGCCUUGGGGGCCCCCACCCAUCCCUGUGCGAUGGGUUCCAUAUGUGGACUGGAUCCGCAUACAGGGACCCCUAACUGUGAAAAAUCAUGGGUUGCAUGGCCCUAACACACACCCUCACCUGACCAAUGAUGUGAAGAUCCACACAGGCCACUGAAGUGUUAGGCCAAAAUCUGAGCCUGUCUGUAUUGACCAGAGACCAUCUGUUGGUUGUGUGGGAGCGGAUCCACACAGGGCUUCCGUCUAAUUGCCUGGCCAAUUGCUGCCCCUACUAAACAUGGAUGUUGGACGAUGUGCCGCGGCCCUGCGAUUGGUUCUGAUACCUCGUACAGAGGGAGGGUAAAGUGACUCCUUUAAGUAUGGGCUUCACAGAGGGUCGCCAAACCUCCAGGGUUAGUCUUGCAGUCUCCAGGAAUUGAAGGUUAAACUCCAGGACACUGAUGCAAACAACUUUAGGAGAAAAAUCACUGUCAUUAAAAGAAUUGUGUGGUGUUCUUUUCAUUUUCUUUUGAACAUUUUAAUCCAUUAGGCUAUAGAACUAUGGAAAAUUUGGGGAAGUAAAGGCUGUUUUAUUGGGCGGGGUGGUUGGAGUUGGGAGGCCAUGUGAUGAAACCUCCAACAAUACAUCCAAACAGAGCUGACAGUCAUAGGUUCACAGGCAAUGAAACCCUACACCUUUUAUUAGGCAUUUCCAGGCAGCCGGAUAAGGAGAAUGUACUUAAUACAGUGGGAGAGUAAAAUUCAAUAUCACAAUGAAAGAAUAUUCUCCAAGUUUUGAUGCCAACUUUAUCUGCAACAUUGAAACAAACAGAAAUGACUGAAAUUUUUUAGGUGAUGUCUGGAGUUCUGUAUUGUGUAAUGUUUAAUAAACUUGAAUUGACUGA